UGUGAAACUGCAUUUCAAUUCACACUUCGUCAGCAAUAAAAAGACGUGGUGCUCUCUACUAAAGAUGGGGCUGCGAGGCAAGGACGGAAGGGAAUGCCCGUGUGUGCUGCUGCUUGUGCUCGUAUGUUUUCUUGUCGCAGUUUGUGAAGGGAAGCACGGCCACCACCAUCACCCACCAAGAAACCGUCGUCACCACCACGACUCUGACAUGUACGAGACGGGCGCAUCACAUUUCGCUGCCUCGGAACGCAUGGACACAUCACGUCGUAUGCACCACACCCCUCAUGGCCACCACCACCACGUCAAAGGUCACCACAAACAAUCAGCAUCCAACCUCCAUCAGCACUACGCCUCGGAAGCCCAAAGUUACGAAUCUAAAUACGAAACUUCGUACAGCUACGGCGACGACUACAGCGAUGACAGACCAGCAGAACUGCUCUACUCGGAUGGCGAGGGAUCUACAUCGCAAUACCCGCAAUCCGGUUACGUCAAAUCAAUUUACGAGCCAGUCCCUGACGACCAAGAUUCCAUGCAUAACAGUCACGUGUCUACGAAGGUUGUUAGACCUCCAGGUCAACAAGCAAAUUCUCAUUUAACUACACCUGAAGCUUUAGAAACACAAGUGAAACAAGAUGUUAUGGUAGUGAAAAAUGAUGCAAAAACCGAAUCUAAAAUUACACCAAAAGACGAAGAGAAUACAAGUUAUAAAAUAAAAAUACAAACGCCACCAGAGAAAAACGGUCAAAUUUUCAGCCCGGCAUCAGAGACUAAUCAGGAAGAGCCUCCGUCGCUGAAAUAUGCUCAAUUAGAAGCAACAGAGAUGAUGCUGAACGAUGCCCCACAAGCUAGAACUCAAAACCUGAUCAGUCAAGAAGAAGCCUCAUCGACACCAGAGGGCAAGCCGGGUGGAGCGCCGCCCAAGAGCCGCGUCCAGGCUAACGGUUUGGUCAAGAAACAUCGCGCCAAGUCUGCAGACGCGGCCUCAGGAGGAGGCCGCUGGACCUUGACGUACCAAGGAGGUCCAUCAGAAGCGGCCCUCAACAACAGCGUUACUAACGUAACCGCACAGAUAGGCGGAGCUGCCUUCCUGCCCUGCAGAGUGGGACAUCUGGGCGACCGUCAGAUAUCAUGGAUCAGGAGCCGCGACUGGCACGUCCUGACAUCAGGCAACGACCUCUACACUCCAGACCCGCGAUUCUCAGUGCUGCAUGAGCCAGGCACGCAGGACUGGACUCUGCAUAUUAAAUACGCCUUCCCCAAAGACAACGGCACAUACGAAUGCCAGGUCUCGACUGGCACGGGCAUUAUUUCCCUCUUCGUUAACCUGAGGGUCGUGACGCCUGAGGCCCACAUUCCGGGCAGAGGACAAUACCACGUCAACAGAGGCUCGCCCAUCAUCCUCACAUGCAUCAUCAGUAAGAGUCCAACGCCUCCACACUACGUGUUUUGGUACCACAACGGAGAGCUAUUGAAUUUCCUCCGAGAUAGACCGGACUUCACGAUCAGCCUUGAACCCAAGAUGCCCCUAGUAGAGCUUAUCGACGGGGGUCUGGAUGACGGACUUAUUUCAGCCCCAGACGACGGCACGGGCGUGGCGUCUGUGAGUCGCCUGCAGAUGAACUUGGCUGAGGACCGACACUCGGGCAACUACACUUGCGACGCUCCCAAGACCAAGCCCGCCUCCACACUCGUCUUUGUCACUGAAGGGGACAAGACGGCGGCCGUUCAAAGGAUCGACUCGAGCUCAGGGGCCACAAUGAGCUCGUUCUCGGCGUUAAUUUUAAGCCUGGUAGCGGCCAGCCCAAGUCUUUUCAUGGCAGCAGGCGCUGCUGGACCGUUUUUUGUUCAGCGAUUCCCUUGUCUAAUAAGCGAAAAUUCUUGCAGAUGAACGCAGUUCCCAGAGCAUAUGUGAAUAAAUGACUAAGCCGCUUCCGGGGAAAAUCCAAUAAGGUCGUGAGAAUGUGAGCGCCGCAAUUUUAUUCUCUAAGUAACGGGUUCGAGGCGUGCGCGCCAUCCUCAAUUGUUUGUCGCAGAUGUAGAUUUAUUGGAAACGAAUUAUGUGGAGUAUUAUAUCCUGUUGUGGAAUAUAUUGAGUAGAAUUUAUAGGAUUGUGCAAAUGUAUAUACUCGUAAAUCCAUGAUUUUAUUCCCGGGAUCCUAACGAA